CUCACCCACAACCCUACUCCGAGGAAAACUUUUUUGUGCAAUUUUUUUCUUUGCUGAUUUGUUUCAAUUGUUAAUUCAUCUUAAAAUUGUAGAAGAUGGAAGAAUUCGUUGUAUGAUGUGAUUGUACUUGUAGUUGAUGUAGUAGAAGUGUUGGUUUCAUGAAUAAUGUCGAUACAAAUAUGUGUCUACAUCAGUCGUUGUUCUUGCUACUAUGGCCUCAUUGUCCGCGAGCCGUAAUCACAAUCAGUCGCCGCGAUGAAGGUUCUCGAUCAUUUUUACAUUAUAGGUAAUAAUUGAAUGAGUAUGAUCAUGUCCGAUUUGAUACCAUUCUUUGCGUAUAGGAAAAAGCCCUAAGAAUAGAAGAAGUUGAGAUCACGACUUUUGUCUAGAAAAGAUAGCAAAUGACAUGGCCUCGCAGAAUUUAGCUGUCAACCAGAUCAGUGCUGGUGUUGCAUUAUCAUCUUCUGUAUCUUCACAACAAGUUUUCUUAAGGGUAGCAGGGUUCGCGUGUUCUUGUUCUUGCCGUUUGUUAUGGCUCUCCCCCUAAGGGAGACAGGCAUAACAAACGGGACGCAGAAACACCAAGGCCCUGCUAGUACCUCUAAUUAUACCAGGCACGGCAGGCACUUCUGCAACACGUAGCAGACAUCUGCUCUCCUUUUUGCGAUUGGUGACGCGUCUAUCAAGUUACUUGCGAAUACCUGCUAUUGUCAUAAUCUUCGCCAUGAUCGUGCACAAGGUGUUGGAUACGGCGUGCCCGCAACGGGCGACGGAACUCAAAAAUGCUGUGCUGCGACAAGGACCGAUGACGUUUCUAUGUACUUACUUCUUCCUAUGGUGAUUCAUUUGUUGUAUGAAGUUGUCAAGUGCAUGGAUCAUCGUCAUAUCUCCUUCUUGAAUAUGGCACUGCUAAUUCUUCAUCGUUUUUUGCCCUUGCCAAUUGUUCAUUGUUUUUUUUUCUUUAACACACUGACACUCUUGUCAUUUGAAAACUACAGUCUCGCUUAUCGAGUCGAUUUGCGGUCUCGGAUCCAAGAAGGCAGAUGGUGAGGCGUCGACAGGUACUAGUAAUACGAAUACCAUGAGAAAUUCUUGAUCUUGCUGUCGAUUUGAUGUAGAUUUAUCAUGAUACAAGAGCAAGGUUAUGGUUCUUGAGUAACGUCAAUCAUCAUGAGCAUCACCCUCAUUCUCAUCUUUCGCAAAACCAUUACCUUAUCCUUAUCUGAAUCAUAACAGCAGAAGGGGCCCAAAAAAAGUCUCCAGAGGAAAACGAGGGAACGCCCUUGCGCCGCCGAAAGAGCGUGGAUGUCGCCUACGCACUUGCUGACAGAUUGACUCCGCCUAUCGUCAAGCAGACGAUUUCGAUCCUAGAGUCCGUUUCACCCUCAAAGCUGAGUCGUUUAUGAUUCGAUAGACGAGAGGUAGAAGGUUGAGAUUUGGAAAUCAUUCGACAUGAGUACUCGUGAGUAGUUGCUACAACAACUUCUUAUUCGACAUGAGUACUCGUGAGGAGUUGCUACAACUUCUUCUAUGCAAAUCUGCUCUAACUCCCUCUCCUGAAAAGAGCAAGCAGAACCAAAGUCGAUAUGACAAUCCUGAUGCCUACACUGCGACCUCUAGCGGUGUGCGCGCACCGCGAAGUAGUAUGACGUUGGGCAGUGGGGAACAGCUGAUGAACAUGGGACAUGUUGAGAUUACGGAUCAUACCUUCAACUCCCCUAAGCCAUCUCCACCUCCAGUAUCUUAUGGCCGUUUUCUACUUGAAAACAGCCGACACCAGAUGUUGUUCGAACAAGAGAUGGGCUGUCGAUACCUCUUCUAAUGAGAGCGUCUAUCCCGCGGAAGCGCAACAAGGUCGUACUAGUAUCACGAGUGUUGAGGACGCGGCUGUCUACACCUUCAACGAAGAUUCUUGCGUGUCCUUGGCAGCAACAGUUAAGGCUAGUUCACCACUAUCCAAUCUGAUUGGUCACCACUAUCCAAUGGGAAUCCAAUGGGAGGGAGGGAGCUGAUUCAUUGGAGUCCCCCUUGAUUUGAUGGGGAAACCAGGGCGAAAAAGGGCAACUCACUCACCAAACACGGAUAGUGAAAAGCUAGCGCUAAAACAGUACAGUCAGUGGAGGACUCGUCUUCGGUGGAGGAUCUGGAUCGCGAAGCUUCUGUUUCAUCUCUGGAUCAGGAUCAGGAAUCCAUUUUGGAACAGCAAGAUGAAGACGAAAUCGAUAUCAUUGAUGCAUUGAAUUAUGAAAUGGCAUAUGCUUGUAGCUGGUGGACGUGGAGUAGACAAUCAAAAUCUUUUUCAGAUAGUACUACCCUAUAAUUCGCAGCGAAUUUUUCGGUGGAGGAUAACAUCACCUUCUUCUCCGUAGUUAUAUGAUAUUAAUCGUUAUAUUACUAGACAACAAGGAAUUACAACCACUACAACAACGUCAUUGUUCUCAUUAAACAUAGUUCUGCUCAUCUGCUCUACUAUCUCUUCUAACAAAAAGCCGAGAUCCUUGAGCAGGCAGAGGGAAGUUUCGAUGAUGAUGCCACCCAGGUGGAAACUCUAUCGGCUUCAGUCGUGACAGCAGUCCUGCAAUGCGAAUCUACGCAGGCAGGUGUGGAAGCAACUGACAUCCAGCAAGUGGAGUCCGUCAUCGAUAAGACCCCUGAGAAAGACGAUGAGGAUACUUCUUUACGGGGCCAGAAGACACUCACUAUAGUAUGAGUAGGUGUAAGUAUGCUGGAAAUGUCUUCUUCUUCAGGGGAACCAUCAAAUAACGGGAAAGAAGAGACUCGUCAGGGAAGUCGUAGGUCCAAUCCGAACCGACUAACAUCAUCAUCAAGGGGAAAGAAGGCAGACACCAACUCCGUUCGACCCUAGGUAGUUGUGAGGCGUGUCUUCUAGCGUUAAUAAAUAUGGGAGUCGGGCGCCCAUUCCGUAUGUCUGACUACUACGAGCACAAUGUCGAAGACCUUAGUACAGCUUUUGAUGCAGCUCCAGUCGAUGAUGGGGAGUGCGCGGAUAGUGAGCGUGAUGAUGAGGAUAUCAUGGAUCUCGAUGUCGCAACAACUGGCAAGCGGUUUAGCUCUUAUGCUCCUGGGUUGAGAAGGAUUUUUUAAAGGUAGGUAGAAGUAGUAGCGCUUACGGUACUUAGAAGAAGUAGAUAAAAAAUAGUAGACGAGGGUGUUAGUCUUAGUUGUCGAUAUCGAAAACGAAAUGGAAAUUUUGAAUUCGGAAACAAAGGGCUAAAGAAUGGAUCUCAAUCACACCAUUAAAAAGCUUCUUCAUCGCAAUUCGUCCUUUUCUAAUUUCCAAAAGAAAGUGCGGGAAGUGUGAACACCAACGUGCCGCCUGGCGAUGAUGGCAGCAGCAGCUGCGCAACAUCCAACGUGCCCAGUGCCACGGCUUCGCGUAGUACCACCAAAUCCAAGGGGUUGCACCAUCAAAACGACCAUGGUGAGAUGGCGGAGCAAGUGUGCCCAUACACCAUUUUCAACAACAACACUACAACUACUGGUUUUUCAAACACUUCUGCAAGAACGUCACACAACUCUGACAACAACUCUCCACUGUACCCGAACGUCGGAGGGGAACGACCAGCUGGCUUCGCAGUGCGCAAGGACAAGAUCCUGAUCAUCGACGAGAUCAAAGCACACGACGAGGAAGCUGAUGAGAGCUGCGAAUUGAACCCUCUGGGCAACGUGAGCCUAGAGGAUCGUCUCGCAGCGGCUGCUAGACCACUUUCUCCUUAUGAUGUGACACAGUCAUUUUUGAAUUCAAAUCAAUUACGGGUAGGUUAAAGGUGCUUUUGUUACCGUUUGUUAUGGCUCUCCUAAGGGGAACGGCCAUAACAAACGGGAGAACCCACGAACACCAAAAACUUACGUCUACUUCAAGUGAGGUUUUAUCGCGACGCUUACUAUUUACUAUUUCACUUCCCCUAACAAAACAAAAGAACCCACUCUAAUCUUGGAAGGGUGACGAUGAAGAAGGUGACCACGCUGAUGGCGAGGACAAGGCUGCAGCCACCUACCUGGACGAUGUACCUAUAGAAGUCUCCUUCCAACUACUCCUCGAGGAAAAGAAAAUUAUAGAAUUAUACCUCAUCUUCAUCGAAUUCGAAGUUCUGAUCACCAUGCAUCUCAUCAUCGAAGUUUUGAUCAUCGUUAAUAUCUUCGAAAACCAGAAGAGUCCAUUCUUACUACAUUUUACUUUUUUGAGAUUUUACCACUCCUACACCUAAUCCUAGAUGUAAACAUAUAACCUCAGGACGAAGAAGAGGCUGUCCGCAACGCUCCCGUGAACUUCUUGGAUCCGAACGUGGGUAAUUUCGGUCUCUGGUUCACGCAGUUACUAGACGUAAAAUACAGGGACCAAGUGACCCCUUACACUGCUGGCGCACGCGAACGUGGAAUGUUGUUAAGGUGGGAGUUUGUUGAAGAAGAGUGGUUCUUGUUAAAUUUGUAGAUACACUAGAACUAGUUCUUGUAGUAGAGGAUUUCUGCUUGUACUAGUCGGAGUGGGAGUACUAUGAAAGGACUUUCCAUGAUCAUAGGUCCACCUAUAUCUACUAUGGGAAGUCCUUUCUCAGGUCCUGUUGAAGUACUUUAUCAAUUAUCUUCAGUUGUACGAUCAAAUAUUGCAGCAAGAAAUGCAGGCUCUUACCAUAAGUAAAGUUACUAACUUAGAAGCGCAAGCUCUAAUCCUAGCAGGUGCGCUAGAGGGAGCCGUGGAGAAGGCCGCACAGCCGUGAUCUGGCAGUGCAUCCAGGGAGUGAUCUGAUGUGGGUGAACAUCAAUGUUAGAAGAAGCUGUGUUUCUGUCAUGUGAAGGCAAUGGUGCCAAUUUUGUAGUCAUCGUCGUACUAGACGACGUUGACAGCAGUUUAGCUAUUAUAGUUCUUCGUAAACAAGAAAGUCAAAAUGUUCGAGUUUACCAUGAUAUCCGAGUAUGUCAUAGAAGAAGGAACAAAUAUCUGAAUUAGGUAUGUUGUCAUAAAAUUGAGAAUAUCUUCAAUGUCAUCACAGUAGCAAUUGUUCUAUCUAGUACUACAACAACUACCAGCAUGGAGAUGAUUUGACAAGCUGUCAAUUUAAUUCAACGAACAGAACAAGUUUCGCAUUCGAAUAUCAUCAGAUCUUCAUAACACUACAUCUACUAGUACUGACAACUAAUUAGGAAAAUUGUACCAUGGGAAAUCGAAAUUAAUUAUGAUUGCUAGCGUUCUUGUUGAAUAACAAGGUUAAGGUAGAACAAGAUCUUAAUGAUCUUCGCAGGAUUUUUUAAUGAACAAGAUCAACAACAGGGUGGAGAAAUCGAAAAUCUUCACGAUCAAUGUGACAUUGAUUUCAAAGCUUCAAAUUCAUGAUGCUAUUCUUGUUGAUAGUUUUAGUUAGGGCAUUUGUUGAUAGUUUUAGUUCUGGAAAGAAACGUUCUGGAAAGAAAAAGCCUACCGCGAUUCCCAGGACGCAGAAGAGGAGCAGCACAUCAUCAUCAAAAGCUUUCUGUUUCUGCCUAUUCAUUUGUAGAUAGAUGAAGAUUUUUUAAUAUAUGUGGUAGAACUCGUCAGGGAAAUCUUAGGCAUCUUGCCGAAUAGAUUCAAGUCGUCAGUUCUUUGAAUAAUAGAAGAAGACCACAAGAACAACAACGAAACACGAAUAACACAAAGAACUGCAGCUCUGAUACUAAAUGUACUUCGUCUUAGACCGGAUUGUACUAUUUGAUGUAACAUACCAACGAUGUUUGAAGAUAUCGAGAACACAGAGAAAGACUAUAUACUUCGUUUUGGCAUGUUGAUAGAUUGGCAUUUACUGUAUUUCUAAUUCUUAGGUAGAAAAAAAUGAAAAUAAAGACCAAAGUCGAACAAGCGAACAAGGAGACUGACGACAUCGAACAUCAAACAGAAUGGAUUUUGUAGUGUUUGGAAUUUUGUCACAACGACAGGCGGAAAGAGCAGGUGCAUAGUUCUAAAAAUGAAGUUUCAAUGCUCAUGUUAGUACUUGAAAAUUGUCGUUUCGUCCUGUUGAAAUCUAUCCAUCAUGAUCGUACAAGAAGGGUAAGGUUUGAUGGUCGAAGUCUGACUGCUCUGAGAUGAUUCUUGCCAAAAAAUAUACCGCACGAGAUGAAGUAGACGUCCUCGUCUAGUAGCUCAUUCUUUCACAUUCCAUGAUGACCAACUACGUCUCUGGAUCGAUUCUUCCAUACCGAAAACUAACUCCCUACAUCUUGCGCCAUCAUUAGAUUCACG